UUGGCUGGUUAGUCCUGCAGGAAUAUAUGGUGCUGUGAGUUAAGAUCAUUAUUCCAAUUGCACAGCAAAACUGUAAGGGCAGCUUCAAACAGUAAAUCAGGUUAAGCAUACCUGGCGGCACAGCAAAUGGAUUUUGACAGCCUCUGCAGCUCUACAAUUUCCCCUUAGGCCACCACUCCCUCAGCUGCUCUUGUUUUCAUUCCCAACCCUUUGCCUACCUCCUCCCCUCCCAUUCCACCCCCUCCGCUUUUACGCAACCAAUCUUUAGUUCUUCAAGAGACCUGAAAUGGCUUAUCUGCUUCGAGGACAUAGCUGUGUUGGGGUUUGAAGAUAGUUUUCAGUACAGGUAAAGGGAGCGGGAUGUGGCCACCCAAACUGACUCUGGAUCUUCUCCUGCUGGUCAGUUUGUCCCUCGGCACCCAUGGCGAACGAACAUCUUAUAGACCUCAGAGUUGCACACUUGAAUGCAUCCGCCGGGGAGACCCGAGAUGUGAAUACUGCAGAAUCACAGCAGACGAUGUGCAGAUAUCUCCAAGUAUUCCCUCCUCCAGCCCUUUUGGAAGUUGCGUACCUUGGCCUUGUCGUUUUUUUCUAGGCCAGGAAACCCCAGAGGACUGCCAGCAUUAUGUUCACGCACCACGCAAUAUUUACAUUGAGUUUGAAGCCAAUAAAGAUCCAACAUAUGAUGCCAUUACUGUGUCAUGGAACCCAAGCCAAUAUGGUAUUGCAUUUUUACGUGGAUUUCAAGUAAUCCUUCAGGCUCUUGGUGGAUCUCAGGUCUCAUGUCAGCUCUUUCUCCUGGGUAGCAAUCUGUCCCUCACUCCUGCACAUGCCCAGAUGGUGUAUCACUCAGAUCUCUUCACACAUCUGCUUUUGGACACCGAGUAUGUCGUAACUGUCAUGGCACUGCCCGUCCCCGAGCAGUGGGACGAGUUCUAUCAGAAGAAACAGUUUUUCACACGCACAUGUCCUGAAAAAAAUGGUCUUGAAAAGUGUAAGAAAGACUGGUAUCCCAGAUAUGUUAAGGUCCAACAAGAGAACCAGGAUGUUUAUGUGACCUUUAACCUUGCACCUGAGAACUUUGAAGUCCGUCAGUAUUUUUCAUCAUGUUUCGGUGGUGGGCUUCGAAAUUACACAAGCAUCACACCGGAUUUCAGUCUCAACAAGACACAUCACACAUACCGCUUGCACAAUCUCCAAGCAGGUACAAAUUACACCUGUGAGAUUGCUGCUGAUGUCCUGGAUGCAGUCAGGAAAACAUUCGUUGUUGUAGUUAACCAUAGCUCUGAAGAGCCACCUACGCCCCGUUUCACAGGAAGCCCUGUACUGAUGGCACUCUUGCCUGUGGGAAUCCUGCUUGCGUUUACCGCAGUGCUCACCUUCACUGUGGUCUACAAGAAAAGACUAAAGAAAAAAGUCCAGACCAAAAUGAGACCAGAAAUCAUCGAACAGUACUACGACAAAAAGCUGGGUGAAGGACAGUGUGUUUUGCUUGACAAAACCACCCGUCCCCCUCGCCUCCUGAUUUGCUACUCGAGCAACGAUGGUCCUGCCCAUGUCAGAGUCGUGUUGCAACUUGCUGCUUUUUUGCAAAAGCACAUGGCUACUCAAGUGCAUUUAGACUUGUGGGAGGCCUUGAGCAUUAUGGAGGAGGGCAGUAUGGGGUGGCAUUGCAGGAGAAUGAAGGAGUGCGACUUUGUGCUGGUCGUUUGGUCCCGAGGUCUCUGUCAGAACCAGUCUGAGGACGAGGAACCUCUGCAAAACACCGCCUUAGCUACCGUUUCCAUGAUCGGAGAAGAGUUGUGUCAUGCAAAAGCAUUGGGUCGAGACCUCUCCAAAUACAUGGUGACCAUUUUUGAGUACUCACAAGAGUCUGAUAUCCCAGCGGCACUAGGUCUCGCUUCAAGAUACACCCUGACUAAAGACUUACCUUUGCUCUUCUCUCAUCUUCAUGGAGUGGCUUUGCAGAAGCCCGGAGUUUACCUACAGGUGGAGAACAUUUCCGAAAGCGGGUACUGUAAACUCCCAGCUGGGGCUGCACUACAGCUAGCCAUCCAGGAGGCCGAGGCACAGUUUUCUGAGGAGCCGACUGAAGAGGAACAUGUAGGAAUUCCAUUCGUUUCAUAAAGAUCUCAAGAACUGCAUUGAUUAAUGCAGUCACACCCCAAAGUGUGCAACUCUGGUGCAGUUCAACAGAAAUAUAAACACAACAUGGACCAAAGACAUGUAAACAAACCAAAAACAGGACAUAAGGUCACAAGAUGCCACCCUAAAAAAGACAUGUGUAUCCUCGCUCAUGACUUCUCUGGAAGCUUCCUUACUCUCAGAUGCCCUUCAAGAUGGCUGAGUUCGAUCGGUUUCCAGAUCAAGGGCUGGAGGACGAAGGAGCGAGGAAAUGAGGAAGCAUCAUUUUGAGUAUUGAGAAGCACCCAAGCACUCGUCAACAUGGGCUGCGUUCCACUCCAGUUUUAGACACGCACUCGCGAACUUCCCUACACACUUCCCCUCGGGGGAAUCCCUGCCGCCAUUUUGAAGUGCGUU